AGUAUGUUCAACGCGUCAUAUGCUGCCUGCUCCGCUGUUGAGCGGUCCCUCUCCGCUGUCUCCGGGAUCAUAUCUGGCGGAUCACCUUUGAUCCGACCAUCACGGUUCUUCUCUACAUCUAUACCACAGCCAAAUUCACAAUCAACACCAACAUCGACAAAUCGCCCCGAUGCCGCGGAAGCGACUCGAAUAGCAAUGCGCUCCCUCCCACAACCAGUCGUAAUCAUUACCACCGCCGACCCGAACUCACCACUAAAUAGACGAGGCCUGACACUAUCGAGUCUAACGAGCUUGUCAUUACAUCCUAUACCACUACUCAGCUUCAAUAUACGACUUCCGUCACGGGCUUCUGGGCUGUUACAUCGAUCAGGGCGGUUCGUGGUACAUAUCCUCCCCGCGAGUCAACGAUACGCGGAUUUAUGCGCGGCGUUCGCGACGUCAGAGUAUACUGCCUCAGGGGAUCAGGACGUUAAGGAUCCCUGGGCAAUGGGAUAUGAGUGGAAGGUUUCGGGGGAGGGGCAGCCGGUAUUGGAGGGAGCGUUGGUCAAGAUGCAUUGUAAGGUGCGGAGGACGGUGGAGGUUGGUGAUCAUGAGGUGUGGGUUGGGGAGGUUACCAAGGUGAAUAACAGUCAGAAGGAGGGAGAGUAUGGGUUGUUGUACUGUGAUCGGAAAUAUCGGAGUGUGCUGGGCGAGUUGGAGGAGGUGACCUCGGAAAAGGAAGAACCAAAUGAUGAACCUUGAAGGAUUAGGAGUAUUAUAUGGAAGGGCUUUUGCAUUCGGAAAGCCAUAUGCGGGGAAAUGAUUGUGCCCGUCACUAUACCCGAGAACCUAGGAUUUUCAGUGUUCUCACGCUUGGCACGACGCGGAGGAAGAUACGGAACAUGAA